AUGAAUCCCAUAUGGAACGUGUACAAGAGCAAAGUGCUGAAGACCCUGAACCCGGACCUAGAGGAGUACACGGAGGAAGAGGUCAAUAAUGCAGAGAUUGACAUGAGCCCUGUCCAGGAGGAUGAGGGACCCAACUCAGUGUCUCAGCUGGCCAAGAGAAUGCAGGGUGCCGGGGCUAAAGGCUGGAACAGGAUGUCAGCACUCUUCAACAAAGAGGAUGAGCACCAGCUCUUGGAGGAGACUGAGAGCCCGCCUGUCCCAGACCAUCCACUAGCAGUGAUGCCUGAGGAGCCGCAGAGACCGGCCAGACCCUCAGGAUUCUGGGGUAGCUUCGCCACCAACUGGAAACAAAUGGCCACCACGAAACAGGCUGAAGCCGCAGCAAACGAGACGGGCACGGUGGGGGAGGGUCAGGAGGCGGUGGGAGAGGGAGCUGGUGAGGGAGGAGGGGGGGAGAGUUACCAGGAGGAGAACGUGGAGGGAGAGCAGAGUCAAGAUGGAGGAGGAGGGAGCAACAAUAGCUUCUCCAAAUAUGCCAUGCUGGGAGGAGGGAGCGAGAACACACCCUUCAAGUGGAACUUUGUCACAGGCAAGCUGGCUGAGUUGAAGACCAAGAGCAUGCCUGGCCAGCAAGACUAA